AUGUCGUUGGUCAAGGCGCGCCUCCGAAGCGCCUCAGCCUUCAAGAACAUCUUCAACAAACUGCCACCACACAUCACCGACGCGCCCUCCAUUCCCCGCGAGAAGAUCGGUCCGGCCGGCGAUCAUCUGCUCAGCCAACUUCUCGACCUCUAUUGGGCGGCAGUAGAAAGAGACCUGGAACACAUCAUCCGUGCCCUGCGUGUAUGGCGGCAGGAAAGAUACGAUGCCUUGCCUGAGGAGCUUGACCCUCUCCUUCAUGGCUUCGAUUCCUUCCUCGACCAGGUGAGCGAGAGUCGUCGGCAGAAUGCUUGGAUGGAUCAGGAGUCGUCCGACACGCUGUACUCGACUGCGCUGAAGAAUCGUGGGUACGAGGUGCUGGCCGAUGCGCAGAGUGCACAGAGGAGGCAGCAGGUGAGAGAGCUCUUGGGUUAUUCCGAGGAUCAGAAGCAGAAUCUUUGGAGGAGGAGGGUGCGGCUCCUGCUCCAGUCGGCACAGUGGUUGGAUAUCGACAAGAUCGUCGAGCACCGCGAGCCGCUCAGUGAUGCCCCCAGGCUGGCGCCGGCGCAACUCAAACUCGGAGUCGUAGAUCGCUCUGGCAAGAUGGAGGCGGAGGCUCAUGCAGUGCUCUGCACAGGAUGCCACGCUCCCAUCCGGGGGUCUAUGUUCGUCAACACUGAGCGCGCUGAUGCUGUCAUUUGCGAGCGCUGCUACUUCCAACCAGAGAACUAUGGAAGACCUGGUUAUACCAAGAAGCUUAAAUCAUGUUGCUUGGACGAGGGUGUCACCUUGGAAGUGAGCCACAUGCUCUGCGAUUGUGAAGACCAGCAGAAGAUGAAAAGAGACGACAAAGGGGUUUCCCGCUCCCUCUAUCCUGUGACCAAGUUCACGCAUAAGAAGUGUGGCUUGGGGAACCUUGCGAACUACGUCGCGGAGGCCAAGUUUGACACGACGAGGAAAAAGCAGGACAAGAAUCUGAGUCUGGCGGACUAUGCCAUCAGAAUGGGAGAUGAUACACGGGCUGCCAUUUCGAAGGGACUGACGUACAAGCAUCUGACCUCUCAAGAUAAGUCGAGCCAAUGGACUUGGUUCACGCCGGAGUUUGGGUCCGAUGUCUUCCAUCGUGCCGGUGGUGGUACACCAGGCUAUCUUCUCCCUUCGUCGAAUAAUUCUCCAUUCGGGAGCAUCCACAUGGCUGUCCGUAUUGGGCCCGUCGUGAUUGAGAAUGGGGUUGCAAACACCGAUGGUGGUGUUCUCAUUACGACACGGCAGCCUCAACACUUGUUGGAGGCUGACCGUUUCCCUACAAGCGCAACUGAGCCCAGUCUUCUCCUGGUUGGGCGUGAUGAACGAACUCUCUUCUCGCAGAAUCGACCAACAAGUCCCAAAAGGCACAAAUUGAUGAUGAAGCAAAUGGUCGGGGGCGCAUUCAGUGGCUACCUGGAUUCAUCGUUGGAGGAGUCCAUUGUGGAUGUCCUACUGAAGGGGGCCGAGAACGCAGGCGACGACACACUCACCAUUGACCUUGCCAUCGGGAAACUCAGAGGCUUGAUGGGACCCAGAAUUGAAAGCCUGUUCCGAGGCAUCGUCGACCGGCUAACCGAUCCAACGUUCGAUAUUAGAUGGAGCUCAGCAGGUAAUACUUGUCGCCACUUUUGUGACAAGCUUCUCGACCAGCCCCAGUUCCGUUGCCUGUUCCCGCCGAGUGCUGGCACUGGCACGGUUGAUUACCCGCUCCUUAUGAGCUUUAUUUGUCGGCCAGGUCCAUUGGUUGCAGAAAACCCGUGGUCCAAAUACGAAGCACCCAACGGCUUCGUCGAGGAAUAUCUACUGCGCAUGCAGAAUGGCCGCCACGAGGAGUCAGACCUCAUAGACAGCAUUUCAGAGUACUGGAGUGAUUUUGCAGCCUUGAAGCCCUUGUAUCCACACCAGGACCUGUUUCCGUGGGACUGUACAGAGGCAUAUGGAAGAUACCCUACCCAUUGCGGGGACUGCAACCUAUCUAAACACGUCUGGUUCAGUCCCUUUGACUCCUUCUCCAUCAUCUCCAUGCAUCUCGCCCGGGGCAGCUUCCUCUACUCUCGGGACGACGAUCACCCCCCAGCAUAUUCAGAAAAAGAGCAGCCGAGGAAGCGCAAUCCGGCAUGGUUCCGGAAUAGAAUGCGUCUUCUCCUAGCCCACGACGCCCUGAUAACUGUCGCCAAAGCCAUGGCCUCAUCCCCGGCCGUGCUCAAGACCACACACUGGCUCACAUUCCAGAAUACCCCCGCCCAGGAACGAGUCAAGAUGGGCAGCGCCCACCGCGCGCAGCCGUUCAGCCACCACUACAACAAGUACGUGGCCCAGCAUUUCUUCCGCGCGAACUGGAUCGCGGAACCUUACAAGGACAGGGUCGGGAGGUACAAGACCCUACGGGAGGAGAGGGUGAAGAGGAGGGAGGUGGGGUGGCAGGAUGCGAAGGUGUUCACGCCGUACGAGAGCAAGACCUACUUUGAUGAGAAGAACAGCAGUGCGCCGGACCCGGAGCUGUGGGUGCAGACGCCGGACAAUCCCUGGGCGGGGAGGAAGAUCAAGAAAAAGGGCAAGCACGGCGCGACGUGCGCAUAUUACACGGGCGGUGCGUGCGCGGCUCCGACGAAUAUCGCGCCACCUGGAGCGUGUGCUGCCAUUUGCUCUUCUGGAUGGGAUGGUGGUGAUUCGGGAGGCGGUGGUUGUGGUGGUGGAAGCAGUGGUGAUGGAGGUGGUGGUGAUGGAGGAGGUGGAGGAGGAUGUGGCGGGGGAUGCGGUGGCUCUUGA